GUGGACAGAUUUUGUGGGAGCAAGUCUUAGUUAGAACAGAAUUUGUUGUUGGGGGGCUUUAGCUUAGUACUUGAACUCUCAAGACAACACUCGCUCUUUCACAUUGCUCUCUUGCCUGUGCUGUGUCUCUCUCCCAAUUCUUUGAUCACCAAAGUAUUGUGUGCAAUGGAGCGAUCACCUGGCCAUAAUCUGAUUCAAUUCAAUCUCUCAGACUUGGAGAAAGCAACAAAAGGUUUCAAAUCCUCUUACAAGAUUGGAGAGGGUGACUUUGGUGCCUACUACAGAGGCACCAUCAAACUAAGUGGGAAAAGUACACCCGUCCUUAUCCAACAGAUUCAAGGACAUGUACUUCAAGCCAAGAGUGAUCAUUCUUGGGUGAAAGAAUUAAACACAAUUGCAGCAAUGAAGCACCAAAACCUUCUAAACUUGGUAGGAUAUUGCCUUUCAGGGGGUGUCAGAUUUGUAGUAGGAGAAUGUACAUGCAUUGGAAGCCUUAGUUACUUUCUGUCCAAGUUGUUACUGUCUUGGGUAAAAAGACUCAUUAUCGUACAAGCUGCUGCCCGGGCUUUGGUGUAUUUUCAUGAUCAUCAGAUAGUAUUAAGGAGUUUCAAAUCUUCCUCCAUUGUCAUUGAUGAAAAUCUGAAAGGCAAACUUUUCGACCAGGCAGUUGCUACAUUUGCACAGACAGAGAUGCAAAACAGUACUCCAAGUUCUGGACAACUUGAUUGGAGUUUCAUGGGCUUUACGACUCCAGAAGUUGAUCCUCAUAAUAAGAUCAAAUCCACGGACAAUGUAUACAGUUUUGGUGUUAUUCUGCUGGAAAUAAUCACCGGCAAGCCUGCUUUCGACGUUAACAGGCCUAAGAAUGAGAGGAAUCUAGUGGAGUGGAUAAAAUCUUCUGUGUCUGGAGACGAAACCAAGCUGGCUCAGAUUAUGGACCCCAACCUUAUAGGCACAUCUGGGUGUAUAAAAUCUGCUAUGAGAGUUUUGACAUUGUCUAGCAAGUGCACAGAGGAAGACCCAAAAAAGCGUCCCAGCAUGAGUCAAGUUCUUAAGGAGCUUGCCCCAAUUGUGGAAGAAUAUAAAAAAAUUCAUAAUGAAUUUGUUUUAAUGGAGAGACAAGCAGAACGUGAUGCUAUAUUGUGUACUGGAGUUGCAGAUGCAAUAGUACGCCUGAUUGUGGCCUUACUUAGCGGAUAGUCAUCAUAGACUCAUGACUCAUGAGAUGUGCAAGAGAAUUUCAAACUCGUUGUAUGAAGCAAAUAUAUGUUAUUGCUUGUAACUAUGCUGCUAUAACUUAUUGUUGUGUGAAGCAAAUAUAUGUAAUUGGUUGUAAUUGUUUCUGCUAUUGUUAAUUUGAGCAGUUUAAAGCCAAAAAGGGACAUACUAAUACAUAUAUGAAACACUAUAAACUUAAA